AUGCCCAUCGAUGAUGUUGACUUCGAGAUGCUUGAGGAUGCUGCUGAGGUAGAGGGGGACUCUCCUACUGCGGUUGCAACUCGGAAGAGGACGGCCUCCAAUGGCGAGUCUGUAGCCCAGGUAGCAGCUAACAUGGGAAACGAGCCUGCGUACGUUGUGCCGACCACGCCAUCACCCUUUCUGCAUUCAUCCUUCCCACCGCAGGUGCCUGACUUCAACGGCUACGGUUAUGGGAUGCCGGAAAUGGGCCUGCCUCCGGCCUAUGAUGGCGAGGACCAGGUCGACUACAAUGAGGUAGCGGCCAUGAACGCAGGGUUCAUGCCGGGCAUGCAGUUCCUGACUCCCGAGAUGUGCUCAGAAACCUUCAUGCAAGGAAUGUUCAUGCCGUACUGGCAGCAGCAGAUGGGCAUGGACGGGCAGAUGCCAUGCAUGGAUGGGCAAGUCAUGAUGCCCCCCGAGCUUCAGGAGCAGUUGCAGAAGGCUGCACAAAUGCAGGAGGAGUAUCAACAGGAGCAGUUGGCCCAGAUGGAGCCGCUCCAGCCAGCAGAGGAGCCCGCUCCAACCUCUCAAGAGGAGAAGAAGGAAGAAGAGAAGGAGGCAUCAGCGACGCCCGCUACGAACGGGGAGAGCCAUCGUUCCAACCGCGAAGAUAAGUGGAAGGAUUGGAAGGAGACGUCCUGGAAUGAAUGGCAGGAAAGCUCCAGCAAGAAAGACCAUGACUGGAAAGAUCACGAUUGGAAGGAUUAUGCCUGGGAAAGACAGGAUUGGAAAGAAGACUGGCGGCGAGGGGAAGACGAUGCUUACUGGAAGGAGGCAUCCGAUCGCCGAGGGAGCAAAGGUAAAGCUAAGGGCAAUGCGGGCAAGGAGUACAGGGGAUGGGAGGAAGAACGCAGCAGUGCCAAAGAUGCAGAGCGGGCCAACACAUCCAGGAGCAAAGAAAAAGAGGAGCCACGACCAGGAGAUGGCGGGGAACCCUCUACGAAAGAGAAAAAGAUCCCUCCGAUUCCCUACGAGCGUCCGGAGGGAAAUGAGCCCUACACAACGGUCAUGCUCCGAAACAUCCCGAACAAGUAUACGAGGGAAAUGCUUAUCAAGCAGCUCAGUAUGGAGUUCACCGGUGAGUUUGACUUCAUGUACCUCCCGAUUGACUUCAAAAACAAGUGUAACGUGGGGUAUGGCUUCAUCAACUUCCGCACCCAGGACUCCUGUGAGAGGUUCAUCGGCUUGUUUCACGGCGUGGACGUUCGGAAGUGCCUGCCGGGCCUGAACUCCAAGAAAGUAGUCGAGGCGGAAGCGAGCUUUGCUUUGGCGAUUUAG